AUGGCCGCCACCAUGAAGAAAGCGGCUGCAGAAGAUGUCAAUGUAACUUUUGAAGAUCAACAGAAAAUUAAUAAGUUUGCAAGAAAUACUAGCAGGAUCACAGAGCUAAAGGAAGAAAUAGAAGUAAAAAAGAAACAGCUUCAGAAUUUGGAAGAUGCUUGUGAUGACAUCAUGAUGCUGGAUGAUAGUGAUUCACUUCUAAUACCCUACCAAAUUGGAGAUGUCUUCAUUAGUCAUUCCCAAGAAGAGACUCAGGAGAUGCUGGAGGAGGCAAAGAAAAGUUUACAAGAAGAAAUUGAAGCUUUAGAAUCUCGAGUGGAAUCAAUUCAGAGAGUGUUGUCUGACCUGAAAGUUCAGCUCUAUGCAAAAUUUGGAAAUAAUAUAAAUCUCGAGGCUGAGGACAGUUAAAGGUGUUAUGAAUAUACCAUACAACUUCUCUUUAAUUAAAUAUUUUGAUAACAUUGUUCCAAUUACAUUAAAAAAAAUC